AUGGUCCCUUCAGGCCUUUUCAAAGUGUUUUACCACCUGUCUCUCUCUCUCGCUCUCUCUCUCUCUCUCUCUCUCUCUCUCUCUGUGAGUGGAUAUAUGUGCAUAAGCAGGAAUCUAAAAGUCCGAAGUUUGACAUAUUAUUGGAGAAAAUAUCUAUCUAUCUUUCUAUCUAUCUAUUUGUGUAUUUUAUUAGUAGAACUUCUCAAAGUCUUUUAUCUCUUUCUCUCUCUCUCUCUCUCUCUCACACAGGAUUUCUUUCUCUCCCUAUCCUUUUCUCUCUAUACCCCUCUCUUCUUUCAUCUAUCUAUCUAUCUAUCUAUCUAUCUAUCUAUCUAUCUAUCUCAGUCUAUUCAUAUCUAUCUAUCUAUCUAUCUCAGUCUAUUCAUAUCUAUCUAUCUCAGUCUUUUCAUAUCUAUCUAUCUAUCUAUCUAUCUAUCUAUCUAUCUCAGUCUUUUGAUAUCUAUCUAUCUAUCUAUCUAUCUAUCUAUCUAUCUUAGUCUUUUCAUAUCUAUCUAUCUAUUUAUCUCAGUAUUUUCAUGUCUAUCUAUCUAUCUAUCUAUCUAUCUAUCUAUCUAUCUGCGUAUAUUCUUUAUAGAACUUAGUGUGGCAGUGAAAUCAAGCAACCCGUUUUUUCUCGAAGCUGGAAGUGAUAAAUACUUUCCGUCAUGUCGAUUACUAACUUUUCUGAAAUUCAGAAAACAGAAUAGCGUUUUAACAUUUAUUUCCCACGUUUUCAAAAGCAAAUUUUCUCAUUUCUUCACUUUUUGCGAAUAUUUUUGGCAACUUUUCUGUUUUUCGUCUCUUUUACUCUCCAUUUCCUUUUCCUUUUCCUGCAAGCUUUUAUUCUUCAAUCGAGCAAUCAUUCUAGCACUCAUUUCUUCCAGUCGUGAAACAAAUUCUUUUUUAGAAUUUGUGAUAAAGAAAAACAUUUUCUCGUCCUGUUUGGAAAAGAUUACUCGCAUAGUUUUACACAUUAUUGGGUCUCAAACUUUCUUCUGUUUUAAGCGCAGCGCUCCCGAAUCUUUAAAUUAUACAGCGGAACCUCAGAAUAAAAGCGACUACUUCUUGUGGAUAUUUCUUUCAUGGAUAAAGCCCAACCCAAUAAGCUAA